AUGUUAACUAGUAAAAUGUGUGGAGAGUUUGAUACUUUUUGGAGAUUUUUUCCCGAUGAAUUGAAUGAAUCUGGAAGUUAUAAUUUUAAAAAGGGAUUAUUUACGAAAUACUGCCCUAAUAAUUGUGAAAAUAAUAUUGAUAAGAUUAAUGCUGGAUGUUUAUGGUUAUUUAAUAAAUUUUAUGGAAGUUCAUAUAAUUUUUCGAGUAAUGCAAAUGGAAAUAUGAAUAUUGUUAUAUACAUUAUGACAUGGAUAAGUUAUAAGUUAAAUCAAAAACCACAAAACGAAAUCACCAAUUUAAAAGAUUUUUAUAGUAAAAACAUGCAAAAUGUCGAGGAGUAUAAGAAGUCUAUAGAUGAUGAUACGGAAUAUACAAGUUAUAAUGAUCUUAUAAAUCAAAAAAAUAAAUUUAUGGAUAUUGAUAUUAGUGUUAUGUCUGAAUUUUAUCGUUUAUUUAAAAUCUUAUGCAAUAUGCAUAUUAAUGUUAAUAAAAAAAGCAUGGGCAAUAAAUAUUUAGAAAAUGCUGAUGAAUUUGCUGAUGAAUAUAAAAAACUUUUUAAUGAUGAUAAUAAUGCUGAUGGUAAUUCAUAUAAUCAAAUAUUGUCUAUAUUAUCAAAUGAUUAUGAUUAUUUUAGAAAUAGUUAUGUUAAUUCUAAUAUACAAAAUACAUUUCCAGAACUUAUAAAGGAAAAAACAAUACAGGUUUCUGCAUCAAAUCCUAUAGAAGGAAAAGAUGUCUCCUUGGGUGAAACGUCAGAAUCAAGUUUUGAAACUGAUGUAUCUAGAUCUGAAACUGAAGUAUCAGAUUCUGAUUCAGGAUCACCAAGUUCAUUGAUAUUAAAUAAAUUAAUUUCAAUUCCAUUUAUAUUGGUUGCAACAUUAAUUUUAUUAGGAAUUGCAUAUAAGUAUUCGUUAUUUGGAUUUCGGAAACGAUCUCAAAAACAACAUUUAAGAGAAAAGCUAAAAAAAUAA